UUAAAACACUCUAAAAUCUUAUUUAAGCCAUGAGAUUUGAAUUUCUAUUUUUAUAACUAAAAACUCUACUCAAACAAGCAAUAUAAAAUCUAUAACCUAAAUUUUUUUAGUAACAGUAAAUUUCUGAAUAAUUUAUUAAAUUACAAGUUUGACAACACUAAAUUUUGAAGCUGUUUUUAAAAUUCAUUACACACUUCAAAAUCCUAGUUGAAUCCACUACUAAAAAGAACAUGGUAUAGAACAAGACUAAUUUUCAGAGUCAAGUGAUAGGCCACACUCAUCAGUGAUUGGUUUUGAGAUUAAAUUUGACAAAUAUUUGUGUAGUGAUAUAUAUAAACAUUGCAAAUUUUGUGAUGCAAAUAGAAAAUGAGAUGUUUUAUUUUUUUUGAACUGUAAUGUUUCCAACGAGAGAACUGAACUCAACCCCACAAAAGGGAACUGAAAGAAGAAGCCAAAACAUUACAUGGAAAUUCACAUAUGAGAUAGAUAUAAAUAACCAUAGAAUCCCUGCUUGAUACUUUCACUCGACUCAACUUGUGUUGUGGCUCCGAUGAGAUCUUGUGAGAAGGAGAGAGAUAUUUUGUUCCGAUUGAUUGGUUGGUUAUAGACUUGGGUUAGUCCGGUAUGAGUUCGAUUGGUUGGUUUACUAUUAAAACUAUAAUUCAUUUUGUUAUUGGGCUUCAUACUCGGAUUUCUCGACGGAUACAAAAGCCCAACUAUGUUAUUGAGUUUGACUCAGCCGAUUGUAUUUUGUUUUUCAUUCCAGAAUAAAUAAGAGGAAAACAUAUUAGCAGUCUCUAAUGAGUUGUGGCUUGUAAUAACGAUCAUACUUAUAUAGAGCAUGAUUAACCCUGGUCUUUUAGCCGGGGUUCUUAACUCAUGAUUUAAUUUUAUUUUUUAUACUUUUCGGCUAAGAAACGACUCUUAGCAUGAGAUAUAAAGACAACAUUAUUCUUAAAAUAAUUGCUUGAGCAUAAACUUUCUCUCAAAAGUAGAAAACCAUGCAUAGCCCACCUAGAAACAGACUAACAAACUAACGAGUAAACGAACCUUUUGUCUUUUCAGUUAUUCCGAAUGCUCGUGAAAGGGUAAACUGUGGUGGCAUGUAACCCGUCCGUCACGUAAAACUACAUCUACACGCACGCACCGUCACAGAGACAUAAACUGCAACUCAAGUGGAGAUAUUCUUAUAAGCUUUACAGUUUGUAAAUUAAAAAAGAGAUGCUUAGACCAGUUUGUAUAAGCAUGUCUUGCCCGACAUAUCUUCCAGAGUUGAGUUCAGUUCUUUGAUACUUAUCCCCUCUAAAAAUCUUAUGUUAUAAUUCCAAGUUAAAUUAAAUAAAUCACCAGCUUCCCGACGUGGUUUUAGAGUAGUACUCAAAUGAUAAAAUCAAUUAAAAACAGUUAAUUUUAUCGUCGAAAACGUUGAUUCAAUCUGGAUACUUUUUGCGAUCUCAUUACAAAACUUUUAUUUGCUGUCUUCACUAUUUUAUCAGGAAGGACAGUUGUCCCAACGUGACAGAAUAAAAAUCUUCAACCCCGUAUCAAAUCAAUAUAAACACGGGUUAACAUUUGAAAAGUACUUUUAAACAUGCUCCACGCAUUUGUUUUUCAUAUUCGUAAUAUAAUAUUAGAUCAUUUAAUAUUUUUCUACUGACGGUGGAGUUGAAAACCCAUAUUAUUAAAAGAAAUUACCCCUGAGACAAAAAGAACAUUGAGUUGCUUGAUUAUAUUUAUUUUGAUUAUAGGACUAUUCGAUGUUGAUAUAUCAUCAUCGCACGAACAAAUGGCCAAACCAUCAGGCAGAAAUAUUCAACCCGUCACGUAUAGUGUUAUAACCAACAAUAGAAAAUGUUCCUUCGACGACAAUCAGCAUUAUAUAAUGGUACAUUUCAGGUUGGUACCACGUCCUGAUAGUUAUGAUUUAAUAUGGUUUAUAUGGUAUUGACCCAGCCGAAACUUGGAUACCUUGAGAUGAUUGUGUAGAUAUAUAAGUUAAUAUUUUUGCGAUGUGAGAUCAUCUUCUUUGUGGAACUAGUAUUUUUGAUGUGAAAGCUUUAGUUGGCUUCUUGGUCAUACAAACGUUGCAUAGUUGCAUGAAAUAUCAAUUAGAGAAGAAACCUUUUUGGAUCUCAUUGAUCUAUUUAAUACGCAAAUCAUAUAAUUUCAAAUUAAUUUAAAUGUUUCUUCAGCAUUUUCUAACACUUUUAUUAUUUACAAACUGGAAGUUUGUCAUAGAAUAUUAUCUGUGAAAAGUGGAGCGUUUAUAAUUUGGUUGUUAAUGUUUUGUUUAGUCAACUUUUUUUUGGUAGAUUAUAUUUUUACACCAAAAAAACUUUUGUUAAUUAGAUUACUUUCCAAAUAGAAAAGGUUACAAAUACAGGAAAAAUGUAACAUGGCACGACUGCUUAUAUAUUAUGGAAAAAAUUGCAAGUAUAUUAAGUUACAAUUUUUUUUUUUUUGCAAGUAUUCAAUUUUAGUUGCAAAAAAAAAGUAUUCAAUUUUCAACUUGGAAAACAAAAAAAAAUUGACAAACUGUGUUUUUAUAUUACUUAAAUUUUGAGGCAAAGUUACUUAAAUUUCAGUUUUCAAAAUAAAAACAGGAAAUUUGGCAUAAUGAUUUUGGAAUUAUGGCGUGAGUUACUAAUUAGUAAUUACUAUGAUUUAUUAACGUCAAUACGUCAUGACAUUAAUUAAUAGUCGAUUUUAUUUUUGCAUAUAAAGUAGAUCUCAUGGACAGUUUACAACUUUACAUAUGUACUACACAAACAUAAAAAAUACAUAUAAAAAGGCCAACCCGUGAGGCCGUGACAUUAACUCCAUAUUACAACCAACAACAGAAACAAUGGCUUCACAAGCCAAACCUCAAAUCCUCUCCGACAUCAACCAUCUCCUCUACUUCGCUCUCAUCCUCUUCCUCUCCCUCUCCUUCCACGUGGCAUCCGGCGCAGGAGGAACAUGGAAGCUUCUCUUAAACAACGUCGGAAUCUCAGCUAUGCACUCACAGCUCCUCAUCAACGACCGUGUCAUAAUGUACGACCGAUCCAACUUCGGUCCUUCAAAAAUCUCUCUCCCUAACGGAACCUGCCGGGACAGUCCAAACGACUCCGUUUCCAAACGUGACUGCACCGCGCACUCUAUCGAAUACGACGUCGCUUUGAACCGUAUACGUCCUUUGACCGUCCAGUCCAACACUUGGUGCUCCUCGGGAGGAGUCACUCCCGACGGAACUCUCCUUCAGACAGGAGGAGACAAAGAUGGAGAACGUAAAGCUAGACUGUUUUAUCCAUGCGAUGACGAGUCUUGUGAUUGGUCUGAAAUAGACAACGCACUUAAUGUUAAAAGAUGGUACGCUUCGAACCAUGUACUUCCCGAUGGUCGUCAGAUCAUAGUCGGAGGUCGAGAUGAGUUUAACUUCGAGUUUUUCCCCAAGACAAACGCUCCAAACACGUACAGCUUACGGUUCUUGUCGGAAACCAACGAUCUUGACCAAGAAAACAAUCUCUACCCUAACGUGUUCCUCAACACCGAUGGAAACUUAUUCGUAUUUGCUAAUAACCGAGCCAUUUUACUCGACUAUUCCAAGAACACCGUGGUCAAGACUUAUCCGGAGAUCCCUGGAGGCGAGCCUAGAAGCUAUCCGAGCACCGGCUCCGCCGUUCUUCUCCCCAUCAAGAAUCUUGAAGAAGAAGUUAUCGAGCUGGAGGUUCUGGUGUGUGGCGGUGCACCGAAAGGAUCGUACCUUCUUGCUUUGAAUGAAAACACUUUUGUGAAAGGUCUUGAUACGUGUGCAAGAAUCAAGAUCAACGAUGCUAACCCUAAAUGGGUGCUUGAGAAGAUGCCGAGGCCUAGAAUAAUGGGAGACAUGAUCGUUUUACCUAACGGACAAGUUCUGUUAAUUAACGGUGGUUCUUCAGGCUCUGCUGGUUGGGAGCUUGGUCGUGAACCGGUUUUGAAUCCUGAUCUUUAUCAUCCUGAUAAACCGGUCGGUUCAAGAUUUCAAAUUCAGAACCCAAGUACUAUACCGAGAAUGUACCAUUCGACCGCGACUUUACUCCGUGACGGUAGAGUUCUCGUCGGAGGAAGCAACCCACACGAGUUUUACAACUUCACCGGCGUGCUUUUCCCGACGGAGCUCCGGCUAGAGGCUUUCUCGCCGUCGUAUUUGGAGUCUCAGUAUAGGAAUAUACGUCCAAGGAUUAUGAGUCCUUCAUUACACUCGACGGUUAAUUACGGUGGAGUCUUGAGGCUGAGGUUUAGAGUAUUAGGAGAAGUGAAAACUCCGGUUAAAGUUACAAUGGCGUUUCCUUCGUUUACUACUCAUUCCUUCUCAAUGAGCCAGAGACUCUUGGUUCUUGAUCAUGUCACGUCUUUGAGAAUAGGACAGUGGACUUAUGAGGUUAGGGUUAAGACGCCGAGAUCUGCUAAUCUUGCACCGCCCGGUUAUUACAUGGUUUUUGUGGUGAACCAAGAUAUACCGAGUGAAGGUAUUUGGGUAAGGUUACAGUGAAAAAAGUGAUCGUAAACAUUAAUUAGUUCGUUAUGUGUGAUUUUUUUUGUUAUUAUAAAACUGAACCAACAUACUUUUUGAUUUGAGUAAAUCAAAUUUUAUUUCGCGGAAUUGUAUGUCACAAGAUUCUUGUUUGGAUACAAAUUACAAAAAAGGAAUCAGAUACUUGUGUCUUGUUGAGUUGGUAAAGUUUUCAUGUUUGAUA